UGUGAUUUUAUGUCCGUGAGUUUGUGUAGACCUUUUCCUCGAAGUGCUAGCCUUUGUUUAAAAGUUAAAAGACAGCCCUUGUCUUAUUUACUCUUUCGAAAUCUAUAAGCCUAAAAAUAAGCAUAUAUUUAUCAAGUUAUGUAGUACAUAGGCCUAUGUUGUUGUUUUUUUCAAAGCAGAACUUGUAACUCUCUUUUUAAUUUUUUUUUUAAAUAAAAAAUUUGCCCGGGGGGGGGGGACUUAUUUUAAACAUUUUAAGUAAAAGUAAAGUACUUAAGAGUAAUUUUAAAUAAUAUAUAUAAAUAGCUUAUAAUAAUUAAUUAUGGCUGAUAAGCAUUGAAAAUGCCACGAUGGCGGCGACUGAUAAAAAUAGUGGCAUUUUCCUUCACUAUUUACCAUUGACCAUUGCCAUUAUUUGCGGGGAUACAUUUUCAUUUAUUAUAAUUUAUAUUUAGGGUUUAGGUUAGGUUUAAGUUUAAGGAUACAUUCAUUUAUUUCAGGUUAGGUUUAGUGACUGUGAAAAAGUUCACGGAUUGUACACAGUGAAAAUAGUAGGUUUUAGAGUUUAAUGGCGCCAGACAAUCUAGCUACACCUCUGUAUUAAUUUAUUGUGCUCGGGGUAAAAGGCCAAGUAAGGACUAGUCAGUAAAGUUGAAUAGACUUGAGUUUAAGUAAUUAAGUGAAGACUAGUAAAGUCUGUAAAGUUUAAAGUCUAAACACUUCAUGUGUAAACAGGACCAUACAAGUCACUCAAAUUGUCAUAUUUAUGUAAUUAAAAUUUUAAUAUAACAAAUAUAUUAUCAUUUAUAAUCAGCCUCUAUCAUAGGAUAUAUAUAUUUAUUAUAUAUAUAUAUUUACAGAAACAGAGAUGAGAACAAAACAAUUAACACUUACACAGUGAUUGAUGAGAUCAUGUCAUUUUGUUUAGGAUCAAUAAGGCUCUUGGCAAGAGCCAAUAGACAGUGUUUUAAAUUACAGUCAAGAUUGGUAUACAUUUCAACAAAAAACAAUUAUCACAUUUCAUUUAAGCAUUGUACCAUGAUGAGUAAUUCUCAUCAGCUUACGAGUUUUGAUAGAAAUACCACAGAACAGAAGUUUCCAACAAUGGCAUCACCUAACGGUAGAAAAAAGACAACCCAACAUCUGGAAAAUAAAAGUUUCUCAACCCAUGAAGUGUCAAUUAAAUCUCAAGAUGUGGACCAGAAAAGAUCUUCCUCCAUUCCGUCUGAAAAAAUCGUAUGGGUUGACCUUGAGGUUAGUGUAAUAUUUUUGCUUUUCUGAAAAUGUAUGAAUGAAGAUAACUUCUAGAUAGCCCAAUAUGAAUCAUUUUGAAUUUUUAUUUAAAUAUCUUAAAGCACACUUAAAAUCGCUGAUUUUAUAAUUAAAUUCCAAUCAAAGAAUCUAAAAGAAUUAAUUGACCCUGCCUUUCACAUUCUUUCAAUUGGUUCAAUAAAACUGCUGUUUUUAUUUGUAAAAAUAAACUGCCAAUGUCAAUUUUUAAGUCUUUUUGUAUGUCUAGGGCUAUUGUUGGCAACCUUCAGCACCAGAACCACAUUCAUCUCUUUUAAUGAAUAAAUGCAGCUCUUUUUUUAUAAUUAUUAUAUGAUGCCAUUUAAAAUACUCUGCCUGUGGCACCUUAAAUAUUUUCUUAGCAGAUAAAAUUUUAAAAAUUGCUGUCCACUGUAAAAAGGGUUGAUGGUCCCUGGUUUAGGGUGAAUUCUUCUUACAUGAACAUGAUCAUAAUUAUCAAAACAAUAUUUAGGAAAUAUGAAUUAAUGUAUACAUUUCCCACUCUUGAAUAUUAAGAAUCAACUAGCAGGAUAUUCUAAAAUAUAUUUGACUAAUCUAAAAUGUCUAUAUUUAUCUACUAAAUUCCAGUCACCAUUAAGAGUCUUACAAAAAAUGCAUUCUUCCUUAUUCUAAUAAAUUAUAUCAUAUACCAGUAUAUAUUUAUAAGUUGCAUAAACAAGCCACUUUUUUAAUUAUUAAAAACAAUAGCAAUAUUUCAUGCCUCCUUUGAAUUCAAAUUUUAUAAAUACUUUAUAUUUCUUGUAAUUUCUUCAUGUGUCCUGUCUGCUGAGGAAGACUCUUAGCCGAAACGUUCUUCUUGUAUUGUCCUGUCUUUCUAUUUCAAGGUUCCAAGUACCUCGUUCUGCUAUUUCCUUCACUCAGCUUGAAAGCAGUCCUUCAUUUAUUUAUUCUCCUUUUAACGCUCCUUAUUUUCAUUUUAGUGACGCUAAGCGUAAUGAGUCGCUUUACUGUUCUUUUCGUUUGAUUUUUAUUUCUUACCAAUAAAAUCCUUAAAUUAAACUUGCUAUUUGAAUGUAUUUGAUUUUAUUGAACCAAUUAUUACAGAUGACCGGACUUGAUGUUGAAAAAGAUAAGAUCAUUGAAAUUGCAUGUCUAGUUACAGAUGGAGAUCUAAAUCUUUUGGCUGAGGUAUGAUUUUAUUAUAGAACUCUACUAAGUUUUUUUAGACACAUUUAUUUAAAUUGGGCUUUAAGGUAACUAAUCAGUGUAUUGCAUAAGUUUGAUUUAAGCUAAAAAUGUAUUGUUUCAAUUAGUAGUCUAAUUCAAUUUAGUUUACAUCAUAUUUAAAUAAAGUUAUUUUUGUGUCAUGUGUGUGCUGCAAUUUUGCAUUGUGUGUGUAAAAAAUUUUUUUAUUUUUUAUUUGCACUUGAAACUUAAGUUUUAUCUUCUAAUUUUAAUAGAAUCCAUUAAAAUUUUUCUCCAGGAUGGGUCUUGUAUUGGGACAUUGUUGUUAGUUAAUGUCCCAAGAUCUGUAAGGGAUAUUUAAAUAUUUAAGUGUGAGAAAUGUAACCUUGAGCUCGGGUACUCAGAAAAAUGCAACUGUUUUAGAUUUAAAGAUAAUUUCAUUAGUUUAUUUUGCUUGCAUUAAUUUUAUGUAUAUUUUAUAAUUUGAUAUAUUUACCCCAAUAUGUUUAUGUAGCAUGAAAUAAUUUCACCAUUUACCCCAAUUUCAAAGAGUUGAUCACUUACACAGCAUUUAGAUUUAUGCUUUUUAUUUUCCUGAAGUUAUUCAGUAUUAGUUUGCUUGUAUUAUUUUUACUGAAGUCUGUUUUGUUUUGUAAUUUGUAGCAAUAUGACAAAAAAAACAUAGAAAAUCUGAAUUUCAUAAAAAUUAUGAUAUGCGAGUGCUCUAUGUGCCUUUUUGUAACAAUAAUAGAAAUGGGGGGAAAAAAAUUUGAUCAGAAAUUAAAAUGUGCGCCUUCAUCUUAAUCUGGUAAUGAACUUGAUCUCAACAUUUGGCCAGAGACAAAACAACCAAGGGUAUUUAGUCAGUCAGUACAACCAGAUGUCUUUCAAGUGUGUCCAAAACAGUUUGUUGACUCAAAAAGGUCAUACGUGGAUUGUUUACAUGCUAACUUGUCAUAAGGAAAUGUUAAAGCACUCUGAUAUCUCUUGAGUUGGUAGCCUUGGUCAACUACCCCUAAGUUUUUAUUGCCAGGCUUCAGGAGUACAUUACAAGACAUUUGUAGUAGUUUGGACGUCUCGGCAAAAUUUACUUCUUCAUUAGCCUGCUAUUGUUCAUUUUCAGUAAUUGUGAUUUUUAUUGCAGUUGAGCCUUCAUCAUGACUACAAUAACUCUUAAGAACCUACACAUCUUUAGAAUCUCAUGUUUAAUGAUGCGAAUUCUAUCUUUGCAAUGAUAAUUUGCUUAAUACGAUAUCUCCAAAUUUUAUAAGCUAAUGCAAAAUCAUUUCAAAUUCUUAACAAUUUUCAACCAUUCUUGUAAAUAAAGUAAGGAGACACAAAUUUUCAUUAGAUUGCAUAUUUCCUAUUUAAUCUAUCAUAAGCUUUCACUUUAGAUAAUUUCAUUGGGUGAGUUCAAAAUCAAGUUUAACAUUUGUAUAAAUUUUGAUUUUUUAAAAAUUUUAUCAGGGUCUCAAUAUUGUCAUUCAUCAAAGUGAUUCUCUCCUCAACAAUAUGGAUGAGUGGUGUGUACAGCAACAUGGACAGGUAAAUACAACACUGUCAUAUCACACUAGCUCGGUUAUUUUUACAGUGAAAGUACGAAAAAAUUAUUUUGCAGACUGUUUAGACAGAAAUGGAAGGAGAAAAAAAUCUAUGUAGUGUUUUUUUUUUAUAUUUAAGAUUUUAAACCUAAUAUAUAACUAGUUCAAGAAAGAGCCCAAAAAUGAAUCAAGCUUUAGUAUUCUGAUGCUAUGAUACAGUAAUUUAAAGAAGUUUAUUCCUUAAAAGGGCUAAUAAUUAUUUAGAUUUGGACCUAAAGUAAGAAAAUAAAAUUUUAUGACUAUUCUAAAAUUUGUUGUCUGUUAUUUCUGUGGGCGCAACAAACGAUUUUGUCAAAUAAAAUGACUGCUAUGCAUAAAUUGUGAAAAAUGUAUACAAAUAUAAACAUCUACUGGGCGGAAGUUCAUUGUGAAAGAAUACUGGAAGUAAUUAUGCUUUCAUUGUGAACAUUGCUGGCCCUGAUUGACUUGAAUAACAAAAAAUCAAUGUCAGGAACAAUAUAGGAAUGCCUUCCAUCAUGAAGUAGGUCUAAAUCACUAAUGAAUAUAGUAGCAUCUCAGCUAAUCACUCAUCUAACCACAGAAAUGUUAGCCUCGUAAACUUAAUUAUAUCUGUCAAUGUUUAUCUGCUCUGACAUUUGUUUGACUGUUGAAUGUUGUCAGCAUUUGCUGUGUGUGGGUUGGGAAUUCCCAGCCUAAGAGUUCAGUUUAAUCUAGGCUGCAUUCCUUUUCCAGUCUGGCCUUACAGAAGCUGUUAAGAAAAGCCAUAUAACCACAGAUCGAGCUGAGCAAAUGGUGCUUGACUUUUUGAAGCUGCACACGGAGAAAGGACAGUGUCCUUUAGGUGGUAGCUCUGUAGGGAUUGAUAAACAGUUUAUUGCCAAGUACAUGCCCAAACUGGCUGAACACUUUCAUUACAGGAUUAUUGAUGUUAGUUCAAUUAAAGAAUUAUGCAGGUGAGUUAGCCUUGAUGGAAGGAAUUUAAUAAUUUUUCUUCUGAAUUUUGUAUUACUGCUCUUCUAAUUUAAAGUGCUUUCUGUCCACUCUAUUGUUUAAAUCCUGAUAAUUUUUUUAUAAGUCCACCAUGUAGUGCUGCACAAUGUCUUUUCUGAAAGGGGCGCUAAGCUCAAGGACACUUACUUUCAUAACUGGGCCAUUGAGGAAUAAUUUCCAUUUGAUGAGGCUUAGUAGCUCUGACACUUUUACAGGCAGUUAAGUUCACUUCAACCACUGCACAAAUGUUAGAAUUUUGUUGCUGGUUUAAAUAAUAUAAAUGUUCUUAAGCAGUUAUAAAGUUGUGGUUUGUGUCGGGUUUUAAUGCUUUGACUCUUGUGCUUAUUGAAUUGUGCUUGCCUCAUUUAUCUAAUCUUUUACUUCUUAAAUGGCUAAAUUAUAAUUAUUUUCCGUGCAGUCUGUACUCAUUUAAGUGUGUUUGCACCUGAUAGUGCUUUCGUAAAUGUUAUAGUUCCUGAUGUGUUUCAAUAUAAGUUUUAAAAAAAGUUUUCCUUACCCAAAUUUAACAUUGGUUUCAAAUUGUCUUACAAAGGCGAUGGUACCCAGGCAUACUUGAGAAGGCACCAGACAAAAAAUUGAGUCACAGGUCAGUUAUUCAUUAUGCCUAAUAGAGAAAGUUUAGCAUUUAUUAUAACUCUUUUUCUACUGGAUCAAAUUUAUGCUUUGCUAUGUGUAACAGAUAAUGUGUUAUAAUUUAUUAAGACAUAGACAAAGGUUAGGGGAAAACCUUAAGAAGGACAAUAACAGAAAGUGGACGUUUUGGCCAAAAUCUUAGACAGUUAAAGACAGAGACUCACAUUCUUAGCUUGUUGUAUAGACAUGUAGUCUACAGGAAUUGGUACAAGGGCGCAACAAGGAAAGUGACCCAUAUAGCCUGUGUUUUUAGAGGCGGUGAUCUUUUUUCAAGGCAGGAUUGUUUCUAUAUGUGUACUUGCUCUACAUGUGGCGACAGAUGAAUUGAACAUUUUAAAUCGGUGAAGGGUUUACAGUCCACCUUACCUCACUUGACCACUGCUUAUUACUCAUGUGUCUUGAGCACAACUUAACUCUUGUAUGUAACUUUUAUUACAAUUACCCCUUGCUUGGUGUAUCUAGCUAUGAGUCAUGUUAAGUUAUUAGUCAACAGUAUAAAAUCCAGUCCAAGACCAUUUGGGGCUGGAAGCUUUCUUCACAUGACAAUACCCUACAUAAAAUAGUGAGCACUCACAAUAAGGCAUUGUACCAUUUCAAAAAAUCGUUUGAGUUUGACAACCAGGGCUGUGCAGAGGCUGAGGCAGCCGAGUAAAUCAAUGAGGGCCCUGCCCACUUUGGAACCCAUAAGAACGGAAAUUGAUGCGUUUGAUACAAUUAUUUUGGUAUUUUAAGGGGCCAAAUUUAGGAUUUUCUCUGGGCCCAAAAAUCCUCUGCACUUCCCUGUUUACAAAUGACACAUCAUUAUUAUUAGUGUAGUCUGUUUUCAUGUAUUGGACUUUAUAAACUAAUAUUUGAAUAUUACUUCUUAUAAUUUUUAUUCAUAUGGAAGCGUGGAAUAACUCAUUUUGGGCACAUUUAAUUAAAAAAUGUACUAUUCGCCUUCAUCUUCAUCACAUGAAAUGAUAUUUAUAUUACCGAAUAAAGACAAAACAUGAAGGUGUAAAGCCAAAUUUCAAUCCAAAUGGAAGGAUGUGGUGGAGCAGGCGUCAGGGCCCUACAUGGGCUGUAGCGCCACUGAUGAGGAUGAAGCAAAAAAAACUGAUGCCUUAUUUCUAAAUCCAUGUGAUCCAAAAGUCAUUUAAUUUCAAUAUUUAAUUUUUAUGAAUAUUUUCAGAGCUUUAGAUGACAUCAUGGAAAGUGUAGAAGAGCUGAAGUUUUACAGGUCAACAAUAUUCAAAUAAAUGGACAUCUGAUCAUGCUGAUUAAUUUUAAUUUGAGUAAAUAUUGAUGUAAACCAAUUAAAGAGUAGUGUGCGUUUUAUUUAUUAUUAUUUUUUUUAAGAUUGUUACCAUUUUUUGUGUUUGUAAUUCUUCACGAAUCUGUACCGGUACUAUAAAUGAGUGUUUUCCUUAAAGUAAAAAGUCAAAAUAUUUUUAAUUGAUAAAAAAAUAUUCUUACUAAUAUAUAUUUUCAAAUUGUAACAUAAAAAAAAAUAAUUUUAAACAGAU